CUCUUCAGUCUGGGGGAAAAAAAAAAAGAAAAAAAGAAUCAUAUGUUAUCGUGGCAUUAGUUUAGUUUAUUCUUAAAAAAUAUAUAUGGGACUCCAAAAUCUAGUUCCUAAGAGAAGAGGGAUAAAAGACCAAUGGAGGCCAAAAAAAAAAAAAAGGGAACGUUCUGCUGGCAAAGCUCUAAAGCUGCUUUCAGGAUUAUGCUGUCUGCCCCAUCCAAAUCCAAAGGAAUUUGAAAGGUAUGUGAGAAAGGAAGAUGCGCACUUUAUUUGUGCAGAUGAACAAGCAAUAGGUGUGGCAGAUGGUUAUGGGGAUUGGAAAGGUCCAGAUGUUUCGUGGUGGUAUUCCUGGGAACUCAUGUCAAAUUCAGCAAUUGCAAUUCGGGAUGAACCUAAAGGUUCAAUUGACCCAUUAAGGGUCCUGGAGAAAGCUCACUCUAACACAAAAGCAGGAGGUUUAUCAAGUAUCAACAGUAUGUAUCGUAGCACUUACUGACCAGGUCUUUACAGUUCCUGUUGCUCCUGGAGAUGUUAUAAUUGCCGGCACAAAAGGAUUGUUUGACACCUCUAGUGACUGCUCAAAAGACAGCAGCAUUGGCACAACAACUAGCAAAGAAUGAAGUCGGACAGACACC